CCAGCCCCGCUCAACAAGUGGAAUAAAAAUGCCUUUGGCCGUUGACCUUCUUCACCCAGAGCCACAAAGGGAGAUCAGAUGCCACAAGCUUAAGCGUCUUGUUCAACACCCAAACUCCUACUUCAUGGACGUUAAGUGCUCGGGAUGCUUCAAGAUUUCGACCGUCUUCUCGCACGCCACCACCGUCGUCGUCUGCGUUGGAUGCAACACCGUCCUCUGCCAGCCAACCCGAGGAAAGGCCAAGCUCACCGAGGGAUGCUCCUUCCGCAAGAAGCAAUAAGUUUCCCGUAAUUGUUACAUAAAUUGUUAUUUCAAAUCCUUCCUUUUUUUGGUUGAAAGAAAAACAAUGUGAUUUU